AUGUUAUUUUUAGUAGUUGUCUCAAAUAUUAUUUCUGAUGACUAAGCAAACCAUAUUGUACGACUAAAUAUACCUAAAAGCUAAAGCAAAAAUGAUUCUGGUGAAUAUUCAUCUGAGUAUUAACCGCUUUUAAUAAACCUAAUUUACUUGAUUUCACUUAUUAAAUUUAAAAUUAAGCUCCAUGAAAUCAAACUAAAUAAUUCUGUAAACAUUUAUGUAUUUCUUUAAGCUAAAAAUAAUGAUUUAUGUUUAUUUAUUUAUUUAUAUAUUAGUAUCUUUCUCUGCUAUUCAAUAACUUUAUGA